AUGCGCUUCCAGCUGUUAUCCCUCCUAUCGCUGGCUGCGACCAGCUUGGCCCAUCCAACAGACGAAUUCCACGUUGGUAGACGCCAGGUCCCCAAGGAGCCUACCGGCGUCCAUACCCUCACGACAGCCAACAACAUCACCAUCCGCUACAAGGAGCCAGGCAAAGAGGGGGUCUGUGAGACGACUCCGGGAGUCAAGUCGUACUCCGGCUAUGUUGAUCUGUCUCCAACUUCUCACACAUUCUUCUGGUUCUUCGAGGCUAGACAUGACCCGCAGAAUGCGCCCAUUACUUUGUGGUUGAACGGUGGUCCGGGAAGUGACUCUUUGAUUGGAUUGUUGGAGGAAUUGGGUCCGUGCCAUAUCAACUCUAGCUACGAGACCUAUAUCAACCCGCACUCUUUCAAUGAGGUCUCCAACAUGCUCUUCAUUUCCCAGCCGUUGGGCACUGGUUUCUCGUACAGCGACACUGAGCUUGGUUCGCUCAAUCCGCUCACUGGUGCUGUCGAAGAUGAGGCUUUCGAUGGCAUGCAGGGUAGAUACCCCAAGAUCAAUGCUACUUUGACUGACACCACAAACCUUGCUGCUAAGGCCGCUUGGGAAGUCCUGCAGGGAUUCCUUGGUGGUUUGCCGAAAUUGGACUCUAAGAUCAAGUCCAAGAAGUUCAACCUGUGGACAGAGAGUUAUGGAGGACACUACGGACCUGCUUUCUUCAACCAUUUCCACGAGCAGAACCAAAAGAUCGAAUCUGGUGAGAAGGAGGGUAUCGCUCUUGACUUUGAGUCUCUGGGUAUCAUCAACGGUAUCAUCGACGAAGCAAUCCAGGCCCCUCACUACCCUGAAUUCGCCGUCAAGAACACCUAUGGAAUCAAGAGCAUCAACGACACCGUCUACAACUACAUGAAAUUCGCCAACAGCAUGAGCAACGGCUGCCAGGACCAAAUCGCCUCCUGCAAGCAAACAAACCGCACCUCCCUCGUAGACUACGGCAUCUGCACCGAAGCCGCCAACAUGUGUCGCGACAACGUCGAAAGCCCCUACUAUCAGUACUCCGGCCGCGGCGUCUACGACAUCCGCCACCCAAGCAACGACCCCACCCCACCAGCCCGCUACAGCAAAUACCUGCAAAAACCUUCCGUCAAAAACGCCCUCGGCGUCAACCUCAACUACACCGCCUCCAGCACAGAGGUGUACUACGCCUUCCAGCAAACGGGCGACUUCGUCUGGCCGAACUUCAUCGAUGAUCUUGAGGAGAUUCUUAAGCUUCCUGUUCGUGUUUCGCUGAUCUACGGUGAUGCGGAUUACAUCUGUAACUGGUUCGGUGGUGAGGCCAUCUCGCUUGCUGCGAACUACACGCAUGCGAAGCAGUUCCGCGCUGCGGGUUAUGCGCCGUUGGUCGUUGAUGGGGUCGAGUAUGGUGAGACGAGGGAGUAUGGGAACUUCUCGUUUACGCGGGUUUAUGAGGCCGGUCACGAGGUGCCGUAUUAUCAGCCCAUUGCUGCGUUGCAGUUGUUUAACCGCACGCUGAACGGGUGGGAUAUUGCGCAGGGUAAGGUGAAGAUUAACGACCUUGAUGCGCCUUAUGUCACCAAUGGUACUACCAAGGCUACGCAUACGCAGUCUUCGGUUCCCUUGCCUUCAGCUACGGCUAGUGCUAGUGCUAGUGUUAGCGGUAGUCACUGA